AUGACAGGUCCAAUACCGCCCUACGCGCUCUUCGUGCUCGUCGACGACAUUAAUGCCAAUUAUCUCAACGAUGCGCUCACCCGGGCUUAUAAAGGAAAUUUUGAAGCUGCGUGGGAACAGCACCUUGUAGGUAGUUAUGAGGAUGCACCUAAGAAGCUUGAAAACGCAUAUCCUGAAGGCACCAAGACACCGAUAGAUGUUGAUUUCCGGUCUCCGUUUGCCGGAAAACCGCCAGAAGAAUGUGCAUUGUGGUUACAAAACGCGCCCGAAGAUGUAGCACUCAAUCGGGAGUACUUCUUGUUCAUUGAUCAAUUCUCGAAGGAAGACGAUACAAUACAGAUCUGUCGUGCUGAUCAGAGCGUGCCAUCCGUCCCGGCUCCUUUCAACUCUAGCCAUUCUGUUAUUAUCGGUGAAAACACCUAUCACUAUCUGCGAGCUCGUCCCUCCGGCGAGCCUAAGGGGAGCGUUCUUCUCCUGCAUGGGUUUCCGGAUCUUCCAUACGGAUGGAGAUAUCAAGUGCCACUAUUUACCUCGCUCGGGUAUCAAGUCAUCGUUCCCGAGAUGUUAGGAUAUGGACAGACGUCUUCACCGAGCGAACUGGACGCGUUCUCCCUUAAGCACAUGUCUGACGAUCUUGCGGCAUUACUAGACCAAAUUCUUCCCGAUGAGCAGGUAAUCCUCGGCGGCCACGACUGGGGUGCUGGCUUGCUAUGGCGGUUCGCCAUGUAUUACCCUCAGCUUUUCAAAGGGAUCUUCGCGUUAACAUAUCCUUAUUUUCCCCCGUUGACUGAAUAUGUCGAUCUUGCCGAUGAGAUCAAGGAUGGCAAGUUCCCGACCUUCAAAUAUCAGCUGCAACUACGAGAUCAAUCGCUUGACCGGCAUCUUCUGAGCGAAGAGGUGAUCCGACAGAUGCUAAUAGCGACACGCGGCGGUCUAACCCCUGACGGCAAGGUUGGUUUUAACACCGAGGGCCUGAAUUUCGAAAAUCUACCUUCCCUACAAGCCAACGCUCUCCUUAACGGUACAUAUCUUGACCUCUUCGUCUCAGAGUACCAGAUCAAGGGUCUCAGGGGUCCUCUUAGCUGGUACCGCACAGAGAAAAUCAAUUUUGAGGAUGAACUGCCACUUGCUCAAGCAGGGGGUCAUCGAUUCACCAUGCCCACUCUUUUCGUUCAUGCACUCAAAGAUAUCUAUCUCGUCUCGAGCCUAUCCGAAGGCAUGGAGAAAUACUUCGACAAGUUAACGAGGGUAGAUGUGGACACUGAACAUUGGACCAUGAUCGACGAUCCAACCGCGGUUAAUAAGGCUAUCCAGUCCUGGAUUGAGACGUUUGAGUAA